CAUCACAGUGACGAACUUCCCUCUUUAAAAGCUUUUAAAGCUGAUUGCUCCAGCCCUCCAGGCCCCAUUUUGAUGCCUCUUAACUGUGUUAGAGGGGGAAGGGCAGAUUGUGUGGCCUGCAUCGCACACAAGCACAUGCUUGAAGAGGCUCUGAGAGAAUAGGGGGAAGAAAAGAGGCUUUCUAAAAGCUUUACCGCUCUCAACGACUAAAAAACAGCAGCAAACCUGCUCCUACAACCAAGCUUCACACCUUUACACAAUGUCUGCUGAGGACUGUUUCAGUUACAUAGUGCCAAGCUCCAACGAAAAGCACAGGCGGGCUCGUAACUGGACAGACUCGGAAAUGAAAGGCCUUCUGUACAUCUGGGAGGAGUACGUCACCGAGCUCAAGAAGGCCAAGCGCAACGCUAAGAUCUAUGAAACCAUGGCCAAGAGACUCUACGAACUUACCGGCGAGCACCGGCACAGAGAGGAGAUCAAAAUGAAGAUCACCAACAUGACCUUCCAAUACAGGAAGCUAAAGUACACGGCCAGUGGUAGCAGCAGCAUACCUGACUGGCCCUACUACAAAUCUAUUGAGAGGAUUUUGUCCAAGGUACCAGAGCAGACCCACAUGAGCCCACUGGACCCACAGUCUACUGGAGCGUCCACCUCCCAACCUGAAUCAUCUCUGUCCCAGUCUGCAGCUCCACUGUUAGGCUUUUUUCCAGAGUACACCGGCUCCUCUGAGGAGAGGGAGGUCAAAGAGGAAGAAGAGGAAGAUGGGACAGAAAUCUCUGUAAGCUCCUUCGAGUCCAGAUCUCAGGCAGUGAAGAGGCGGCGCGUGUCUCCGUUGUCGAUGCGGCGUAAGAAGUUGCGUGUGAUGGAGUCGAUGCUGAAUGAACAGAGGAAGAUGAGGCACGCGGUGGAGGAGACGUGUCGAGAGGUGCGGAGAGUCAUGCAGCAGCAAAACUUCCUGCAGGUGCAGAGCCUGCAGCUCCAGGACAGAAUGAUGAACCUGCUAGAGAAAAUGAUCCCAACCACGUCCAGUAAACCUACCCAGUUAUAGACCCAUUCCCACACCCCUGGUAGAGUUGAGAGUGUGAACACACAGCUAGCUGCAUUAGCCAGAUGUUGUUAGUCCAAAAUCAUUUUACCUAUCUGUGAUCUUAUUUGAUUAAACCAUGGUAUUUUUCAAAAAAAUCAUGAA